AUGGCAGCUCGGUGGCAGAUAAGCCAGCCCAAAGUGUUUGAUGUCUGCUGGCUUGCAAGUUCCGUGGUGAAGGCGGCGGCAGGAACGUUCAGAGCAGGCCGAAGUUUGAAAAGCGCCCGAGGUGCCCGCUCGGCUCAGCCGCGGGCUGCGGCUGCUUUGGCUUCUUGGCAGCAAUUUGGCUUCAGGGCGCUCUGGGUUUGUAGAGCCAGGAAGGAUCGCGAACAGGUAUGCGUAUUGAGUCGCAACACCUUGUCCAGAAGCUGGGCGGUACGACCGCCAAGCAGAAGCAAGAGAGCACCCGUCAGCAGUGACGGUCAAUUGCGAGAGGUUCAGCGUCCUGCUUCUCCGCUCCGCAGCGGUGCGCCCUUUGACUGCGAGCGGUCACUUCGUGGGCCGGAUUUCAGUACGGGCCAGUGUGUACGGGCCAUUACGGGCCAGAAAACUCUGGACUUAGGCCCGUCCUCCUACGACCUCCGUGACCAACUGUCCGGCCGUGUUUGGCCUCUCGUGCGGCGACGGGUGCACUUGGAGCUGCAGGACCUUGCUGCCCCCCUGGAGUUGGGGGUGAACGAGUCCUACGAGCUUGCAGUCUCGAUGCAAGGCUUGUCCAUCCCGGGUCACUGCGUCUUUCAGGAUGUGCAGGGCUUUGGCUUUGCCUUGUAUUGCACGUUGUCAGCUCACAAGUCUGGCUGGAGCUUGCGUGACUUUGGUCUCGAAGGAGAGUACAACUUCACCACGGACACCUAUGCCAUCCACGAGAUUCCAUUCCGAAUUCAGGACUCCCCGAGCUUUCCGCAUCGGGGGCUGCUCGUCGACUCCGCACGGCACUUCCUACCCCCGAUCCGUCUCAAGCGAACCAUCGAGGCGAUGUCCUUCGCCAAGCUCAAUGUGCUGCAUUGGCACCUGACAGAGGAUGAGUCGUUCUCGAUGCCUAGUUCGUCACACCCGGAGCUCGCAGAGAAGGGUGCCUGGAGCGCAGACGAAAGGUACUCGCUCCGUGACGUACAGGACGUCGUUGAGUUUGCGCAGCUGCACGGCGUCCGGGUCAUCCCCGAGUUUGACAUGCCUGGGCACGUGAGCUCCUGGAGCAAGUCGCACCCAGAGCUCUUCGACCAAGCCUGCUUGGAGAGGUCGCGGCGGCUAGCUUUCAAGCCAACGAAGGAAGUUUUCGACUUCCUGCAGGGCCUGCUUUCAGAAUGGACGACUAGCACUUUCCACGAUCAAUUCCUGCACUUAGGAAGCGACGAGGUGCCCUUCGAAUGUUGGAAGGGGCUGUCCAUCUCCGAGGGUGGCAAGACCUACAGCACCCCGAAGCAGUUGUUCCAGCAUUUUGUCGGGAGCAUGUUUUCCCGAGCUCAUGGGGAGCUGAAUCGCUCCGUCAUCUUUUGGGACGAGGCCUGGAAAUGGGAAAGACUGAGUUGUGCGCGUGUUCAGGAGCCAUUCCGUUUGAGUAGCCUUCUGAAGCCACGCCCUGUUUGGCAGAAUUCCCACAUCCUACGACACUAG